UUUCAUUCAUUUGCGGUAAUGUUAGCUUGGUAGUAGCUGUUAGCGUAAGCAGAAGCCGGCUUUUCCUUACACAGUUCAGCGUUGACAUGACUCCGAUAGAUUUCCUUCUUCCAAACUAAGAAGAGACAGCUUUGCGUCGACAACUGAGCUGCUUGUAAAGCCUUUGUGUCAGGAUAAGCUCGAUUUGCCGACAACGGUUAUGGAUUAUGAACACAAAGCUAAAGCGGUAGCAGACUGCUUGAUGAGCUACAGGAGAGAUGAAUCUGGGUGGAAGGUCUGCAGAAAAUCGAAUGAUGUGGUUGUUUCUUGGCGUCCCUCGUCUGAGUUCCCUGGAAAUGUUUACAAGGGAGAGGGCAUUGUCAGCGGCAGCCCUGAGGACGUAUGGGAAUGUCUCAAACCGGUUCCCAAUGGGCUCCGAGUCAAGUGGGACAGCAACGUCAAAAAGUUUGAGCUUCUUGAACAGAUCAAGGAGGAUAUUUCCAUCUGCCGGACAGUCACACCCUCAGCCGCUAUGGGUAUCAUAGCUCCACGAGACUUUGUAGAUGUUAUUUUAGUUAAGCAAUAUGAAGAUGGCAGUAUUUCAUCUAAUGCGACCAAUGUGAUUCAUCCUAGUUGUCCUCCCCAUCCUGGCUAUGUGAGAGGAUUUAACCAUGCAUGUGGCUGCAUUUGUAUCCCCAUUUCAGGGGAGCCCAGGAAAACUGAAGUGUCCAGUUUCUUCCAGACUGACCUGGGUGGCCUCCUUCCACGCUCUGUGGUUGACUCAUUUUUCCCAUCCAGCAUGACCGAGUUCUACAGCAACCUGGCCAAAGCUGUAAAAUCUCUUAAGGACAUUUGAGACAAAGUGCAACCAAGUUUUCCCCCAGUGUAUUAUAAGCCUGGUGGGCUGCCGGGCUUUACUUGCCACACCACCAGGCCAAGCAUUGAUGGUUUUCUUACAAAAAAAUGAUCGCUUUUAUAUUUUUUUAUAUCCCACAUAUAGCAAAAAUAGUAAAAAUGCUUUGCUCAGCUCAGCAAAGUAUCUUAGCUUUUCACCAACAGAACAGAAUCAUUCCUGAAAGGGAUGCAUUGAAUAGGGCAUGAAGCUGCCAAUGCGCACCAUUCACACCACUGGCGCCUGUUGGCCGCCUACUGCGCUGCUGCAGCUGAAUCUAUCAAGUUUACCUCGUCACGAAUUGCGCGCCCCGCAUUUCACUCAAACUACUGUAGAUGUUUUGGCAAAACUCGUCCCAUAAUGCCCGGACUACCAAAACAAAAAGUCUCUGUGGCGCUUAUAAACUCAACAGACACAAACUAGAACAGCUUUGUCUCUACUAGAGCAACAUAAAUGUAAUCUCCCCAUUUGACCCUCUGUAUCCAGCAGAGGUGCAGUGGAUUUAGCUCAUCAUGCUGGGUACUGCACCACUAACGGCAUCGCAGAACAGAUUGAAUCAAAUCUGGGAGAGGGGCAUAGUUUAACUGGUCGAGUUUAAAAGCAAUCCAUGAUAAUUGUAAUUUGCUGAGAUAUUUUUGUGAUCAAACGGAACUCAAACUCAAAGAUUAAACUCAUAGAAUGAGAUCGUGUCAUUCUCAACAAACAAAUGUUAAAAUUCUACAUCUGUAUUUUGUGCUAAAAUGUUAACAUUUAUGGCCCCUCUGGAGAUCUUGGGGGCCUUCAGCAGCUGCUGAGUUCAUUUAUGCCUUGGGCCAGUUCUAAAUAUGAUCAGCAUUUAGGCAGGUAUACAAAAAAAUGCAAGUUUAUUUCAUAGUAUUUUUUUGUUUUUAAAAUUAUAGUUGCGUGUUUAAGUAUUGUCGACAAUGUCUUCCAAUAACAUACAUAAUUUGGUAACGCUUUAUUUGACAGGGUGUGAAUAAGACUGUCAUGACACUGUCAU